GUUAUGAGAUGAAUGUACGUGUUUCAUAUGUAAUCAAUCUAAAUAGGCCACGACACGCUUAACAUGCAAGCUCUUCAACCGUGACAACACCGAACCACAAAGAAUAUUUUUUAAAAAGUCGUCGUAUUUGGAGUUUAAUUGCACAACCAAGAAUACAAAUAUCGUGUUUCCAAACAAAGUGCAACGCGGUAUAUCACUCAACAGACUCGUGAACAACGAAAUAGAGGUCACACAAUCUAAAUAUAGAUAUUGUUAAAUGUGACAUUGUGCAACAGAACGGCGAGGAUUUAGGGAUUUAGGAAUGCAACUUGAAGAAUGGAUUGGAGAAAUAUAAGAUGUUGUCUGUGUUGGUUUGUCUGUUUAGCUGCUAUCAAUUUCCUGAUCGCACUUCUGAUCGCCUACCGGACUCUAAGUGGUGAAUGUGAACCGGAGGUUUGUUAUGAACAUGGAACUUGUUUGACUAACAAGGAUGGAUACAAAUGUCAGUGUCACCAUGGAUAUACGGGGGACCAGUGUCAGUUCAAGAAACAUAUGCCUCCAAAAUCCCUUCAUCGAAAUGUCACAAACUCCAACCAUACCAAGCACAUGGUAACCUAUAACCCCAUGUUAAACGACUCGGCUGUUGUUGUCAUGUCAACUCCAUCUACUCAUACACGGGAAGUGGAACGACAGAGUUUAAGAGACUCGGGGUUCACUUCCGCCUACUGGACCUUCAUUGUGGUUUACGCAAUCGCCAGUACUUCCAUUUUCCUGUUUGCAUUCUUCGUUCUGAAUUUUUUCCAGAAAAAUAUGUCUAAGCAGUUCAAAGGCAAAGACUACUACGGAAUCCAGUUUAAACCGGAAGGUCAGACAGAAGAGGAAAUACAAAGUAAGGCUGAUCACUGUUCAUGGUCAUCGAAUUCCGUUAAAAUUUUAUUUCUCAUCAAACAGUGGGUAUGACUUAAGUUGUACAGGGGGAAACCACAUCUACACUUUGGGUUUGGCUUUCUACACACUGGGCACAUUGGGUUUUCUACACACCGGGUUUUCUACACACUGGGUUUUCUACACAUUGGGCUUUCUACACACUGGACUUUCUACACCCUGGGUUUUCUACACAUUGGGCUUUCUACACAUUUGAAACGUGCAUGCUGUGUCUUCAAACUCAUCUCCCUGGUCGUUCAGUUCAUUACUAGUCUUGUAAUAUUGACAAUUGUAUCCUGUUCAUUUUUUUCUGCAGAUCAGAGAAGACACUUGGUUUCUGAUGCAAGUGGAUUAGAUAUGGUUGCAUGAUAAAUAAGACCUAUUUGUAUGUACAGAUCAUAUGAACUGUGUUUUCUUGAAGUGUUUUUCUUUUCUUUACAAAUGAAAAUUAUCUGUGGAAUUUAAGCAAAAUUAGCAAUGCAAUGUUUACCUCUGCUAGAUGUUUUUGUGCGUUAUGUUUUGAGAUUAACAUUGAUAGCUUUAUUCUGUGCAACGAUUACUAAGUUUCGACAUAUACAACGCAUAAUCAUUACUUGCACAAACUACACAAUGUGCCAUAACUCCAAGUGCAAACUACAGAAUGUGCCAUUGAAUUAAAUGGUUCUCGUCAUUUACAUUUUAUACUCCUGUUUUUAGUUUAAAUGUCUCGUGAGACACAUAUAACAAGGCAUUAUUUUCAUACUUUUGCCGAUAGUGCCAAAUUUCAGAAGGGAUUGUUAUGAUGGCAAGGUGUUACAUUAUAACUUUUGUAUAUACAUGUACGUUUGAUUGGUUUUGGAAUUUUCAAUAGUCGUAUAUCAAAAGAUGGCUUGAAAAAUAUCAGUGACCUGAUACACAGAUGUACCUGUUUGUUUGGUUUCUUUUGUGAUCAGUGAUGCAUGCACUAUGUGAGAUUGUAUGUAGAAUUUUAACAUAAAAUACUUGAACAUGCACAGAUUGACUGCCGACAUACUCCAAGUGUUUUUAUGUGUUUCUGAGUUUUGUAAUUUGCCAUUGGUUGAAUUUUUGUACAGUGUUUUAAAAUUCUCUGCCAAGUGUUUGAUUAUUAUAUUGAUCAAACUUUGGUAACCUAUAUACUGUGCAUGAGAUUUUAUUUCAGUCAUAGAUUUUAGGUAAACUAAAAUCUCAUUUUUUUUUUAUAUCUGUUUAUAUAAAGUAAUCUCCAAAAGUUGACAAA